UGCAGCCUGAACAGGCAAGACAAAGGAUUAACCGUCAGCUUGCAUUCAUCACCGAGACGAGACAUGUCUCUGUUGAAUAUUUGCGUCCAAGCCGGCCUCAUGCUGUCCCUCCUUCAGCGUUCGUAUCAGUCGUGCACAGACGGGACACCCAAACAGUGCAUGGAGGCAGAAAUAGCUCCGGGUACCAACAUGGCCGGGGAAGGCUUUGAUAUCACCAAAAUGGAGCGUAAGGGCUCCUAUGUGCUCAACAUGAGCAAGUGGAAACGCAAGGAUAAAACAUGCACCCUGUGCACAAACCCCUACUUAGAGAACAUAAAGCAAAAGCUCCCGUUGUCGGUGGUGAACUGGAGAGCAAAGCAGUCCUGCAGCAUGAAGGUGGCCACCUCGCUCCACCAAUCCAGCGAGUCUCUGGUCAGCUCCAUCACCUCUUCUGUGGAGAACAACUGGAAGGUCAAUCUCGACUGUGAUAUGGGAGCAAAAGGCGCCUCGGUGAUGCUCGCUGGUACCCAUUCUAAACUAGCUGAAUACUCCAUGGAAAAAACAAAGGAGGACAAGUUCAGCUUCGCGAGCCACAGCUUUUCCUGUGAGUUCUACAGCUUUGGAGUGUCCAGCAAUCCCGGACUGCACGGAGAAUUUAAAAAAGCAUUGAAAAAACUACCGAAGACAUACAGCCCUGCAAGUAAGCAGAGGUAUUACAAACUGAUCGACAACUUUGGCACCCAUUACAUCACCAAGGUGAAGAUGGGAGGAAGUGUUCAAUCUGUGACCAGCAUCAGGCAGUGCCAGGCCAGCCUGAAUGGAAUCAGCUCGGAGGAGGCGCAGAUGUGCCUGGAGGUCGAGGCGUCCGCCAGCUUCAAAGCUGAACUCAAAACUGAAACACAACACUGCCAGAAGGACAUCCACAAGAGAGAAAGUAAGGCGUCCUUCUCAAGCAUCUUCAACGACAGGUUCACAGAAACAAAGGGGGGUCAUACCCAGGACCCGGACCUUCUCUUCUCUUCUGAAAAAAACCCAUCAGCCUACAAAGAAUGGCUGAACACCCUGCCACAGAAUCCAGACAUAGUGUCCUAUUCCCUGGACUCGCUUCACGAGCUACUACCCACUGACACCCCUGUCCGUAAGAACCUGCGCUCCGCCAUUAGCCAUUACAUCCUGGAGAAAGGCCUGUGGAAGAACUGCAGCAGCAGCUGCCGGUCCGGCAUCAAGAGCGACCCGAGGGACACCUGCGUCUGCCAAUGCCACAACAACCCCGCCGUGAACACGGACUGCUGCCCGACCCGUAAGGGCAUGGCGCGGGUCAUCAUCACGGUGCAGCGGGCCGCCGGCCUGUGGGGAGACCACAGCACGGCCACCGACGGCUACGUGAAGGUGUUCUUCAAUGGAAACGCGGUUCGGCGUUCGCCGGUCAUUCAAAACAACAACUACCCGCACUGGGCCACGGUGGUCGACCUUGGCCCCCAGGACGUGUCCUCCGGGAAAACGGUGAGAUUCGAAGUGUGGGAUCAGGACAACACGUGGGACGACGACCUGCUGGGAGCGUGUGACCAAGUCCUCAAGGCCGGGGUCAAGGAGGAUCUCUGCAUCCUGCAGCACGGCCAGCUCUUCUACAAGUUGGAAGUGAAAUGUGCUCCGAGUCUGAGCGGAGACACAUGCGUGGACUACAAGGCUUCGCCCAUGACUCAAAGUCUGGAGAGCAUGUACGUGUCUCGUCAUGCGCAUCCUAUCCCAAAGGCCAUCCUGCGGGAGAUGGGCGUGUUUGUGGAUGAAACGAGCUCUCUGACAAACAAGAGUCUCGCUGCUGAGAUGUCAAAGUUUGAUGAGAUGUAAUAUUUGUGUUUGGCCCCGCUGAUGCUUUCAUAGCCACUAACGCUGUUUGCAUUAGACUCUCACUUUGAGAUGUCAAAGUUUGUUGAAAUAAAAUUAUUUUGAUGCAAACUUCUUGCACUUUACAAACAUGUAUGUUCGUGCAUCACCACCAGUUUGUUCUGACAAUUUAGACUGACGGGGCACCAAAAGAACAAAUGUCAGCUGACAGAAAAAAGACAGUAAAAGACAAAACAGAAAUCAACAGGACUGAAACACACAAACAGAGCUUUACAGACACAUUACACUGAACACAUUAUGGAAAUUUUCCAUUUGAAGAAGUCUAGGAUAUUUAAAUUAGCCCGGUCAAAGACAGUGACAAAGAGGACACAAACACAGGAGUGCACAGGUAACAAAUCCUUGUAAUGUAAUGUGUAAAAAAAUAUUCAAAACCACCAAAACGUAAUGUAAAACUUCACAUUUAAAAAUCAUGAAAAUAGACGAAUGAAUCAGACAAAACAAAACAGAUGCAAAACCACAUGGCCAUGGAGUGAUGCAAAACAUCUACACAAGCGUCAUUAUGUCUUUUUGAUUCUGUGGUUCUUCUGGGGCCCUCUGUGUCCGUUGUCUCAUAAUCUGUGCCUUUAACAAGCUCACGGUGUAAUGGUUACUGGUACCGGUGCAUGAAGGAACCCAAUGGCAUUGAUUUAUGUGGCUCCUACGGGCCGUACCCCUCCCAGUCCACAAGAUACUACAGCCCCCUCCCUCCAACGAGACUUAAGCAGGCGACGGAUCGGGUAAACCGGGCCCCCGGCGAUGAGCUGGG